AUGACUGAAGUCAGUUGUCGGUUGAGUCCUAGUGAUAUUGUUGAAGAACGAAUAAUAGGUGAAGGGUCAUUUGGAGUUGUUUUUCUUGGAUACUUUAAAGGGAACAAAGUAGCAAUUAAAAAGUUAAAAAAAUUACAGGUAUUAGAAAAUAUGAUUAAUGAAUUUAAAGAUGAAGUAUCAAUGUUAGAAAAGUUUAGAAAUGAAUAUAUUGUUCAUUUUUAUGGUGCUGUAAUGAUUCCAAAUAAAUUAUGUUUUGUAACUGAAUUUGCAGAAUAUGGUUCAUUGUCUGAUUUAAUUGAAAAAAGAAUGAAAAACAAUCCACUUGAUGAAAAAUUGAAAAUUAAAUUCUGUUUAGAUGCUGCUAAAGGAAUUGAGUAUCUUCAUUCAAAUGGAAUAUUACAUCGUGAUAUUAAACCUGAUAAUAUUUUAGCUAUUUCAUUAGAAAAAAAUGUUGAGAUUAAUGGUAAGUUGACUGACUUUGGUAGUUCUAGAAAUAUUAACAUGUUAAUGACAAAUAUGACAUUCACAAAAGGAAUUGGAACACCUGUUUAUAUGGCACCAGAAAUAUUAAAAAAAGAUAAAUACAAAAUGCCUGCAGAUGUAUAUUCAUUUGCUGUUACUAUGCUUCAUAUACUUAUGUGGAAUGCUCCUUAUCAAGGUUCUCUCUUUAAAUAUCCAUGGUCAAUAGCUAAUUUUGUUGCUGAUGGAAAUAGGUUAGAUUGUCCAGAAAAUGUUAGUCCAGAGUGUUUUGAAUUAAUUGAACAAUCUUGGGUACAAAAUCCAAAAGAACGUUUGAGCAUUAAUGAAAUAGUUAUUAAAUUACAACAACUUUACGAUAUUAUUCAAAUUAAUUAA